AUGACGUGGUGUAUACGACCAGUGUCGACGACACGUCGGCUGGUUCCGACACAGACUCCGACAUCAAAGGAGACGAGGAGUUCUUCCACGGCUGCUUGUGGACCUACCGUCAGCAGGUGUCGCUGUGCCAGGGUGGCAGUUGUGGAGAGGCUGAGAUUCUGGCGCACGACUUCCAGCGCCACUUGCUCGCCUUCUACAACAACAGGUCUGGAACGGCACCUCCACCCCUGGAGGCUGCGUCGUGGUUGGUGCUGGCCACGUCGCCGGAGCAGCGCCGGGAGGCAGUACUUCUUCGUCUCGCUCUGUGCAAGCGCGGUGUUCGACAGCUGCCAAGGGCUCAUGGCCUCGGCGCUGAUGCUCGUAGCCGAGGCGUUGAGCUUCGCUGGCCAGGACUCUAUGGCCUUGAGCUUUGCCCAGGAAGCCCAGCUUUAUGCCGAGACACUGCAAAGGACGGUGCCGGAUCAGUUUGAAUCCAUGGUGGAGAUGUUUCCCAUCCGCGAGGCCUGGGCCGGUCUCCAGGAUCUCCUGGCGGCGCCCAGGUCGAUCUAG